GCGUAGACGCGAGUGGUGCGCGGAAACAAUGAACAAAUGGAUAGAUAAAAAGAGAUGAACCGCGCGAAUUCAUGUAUGCAGCACUUAUGAAGGUACUACUCGACAAACUGAACAAAAAACAAUAUUUUCGGAAUAUAUACUUAACGCCUCAGACCUGGGCAUAAUAAAAACGGGAUGUGCCUUUCUGGACAAUAUAUCCGGGAAUCACAUCGAUUUCUCCUGCGUUUUUCAUACCUGGGAACGCGAUACUCGGGAAUGCAGCGUCUGAUACCGAAGGAUAGCGCUACGCCUGAGCGUCCCACCAUCCAAGCUGUACUCGAAACUGCGUUGAAUAGUUCUUUGAGGCUCCAGCAUCCGGCUGUGCUGAAAAUAUCGUCCCGGACGGACUCUGGCGUGCACGCGACGAUAAAUACCGCGCACGUCGAUCUACUUUGCAAGUCUGGCCAGAAUCAGCUUACCGAGGAAAUUAUUGUCGAACGCGUAAACAAAUUUUUGUUCAAAUAUAAACAGGACGUUAUACUGAGAGAAGUGCGCAGGGUGCCCUACUGGUUCCACUCCAGGUUCUGUGUUCAAAGAAGGACGUACAUUUAUCGGAUAGCUAUACCAAGACAAUGUGAAGGUUCUGGAUGCGCAUUUCGCGUACCACUUGAAGAGAAGAAUCACUGUUUUGCAGUUCCUUUACCAUUGAAUAUCGAACUCAUGCAAACUACGUGCAAACUCUUCGAGGGCUUCCACGAUUUCGUUGCAUUCACAAAUACUACUAAAGAUCCAAAGCCAACAAUCAGGUGUAUAAACGAAUUCUCAUUUAUUCCAGAAGAUGUUUCCGAACGAGAGUACCUUGAGUGUGGCUUAGUUAACUUCUUUUCUUGGUGGAAAUUCACUGUGACAGCAAGGUCGUUCCUUUACCACCAAGUUCGUCGCAUGGUUGGAGCCGUUAUCGCAGUUGGAAGUGGCAGGGUUCCCAUGGAAGAGGUAUCUAAAAUGUUGUCAACAAAGGACACACUGACCUGGAAUCCCCGAAUAGUACCUGCGCCAGCCCAGGGACUUCACUUGCUGAAAGUUGAUUACGAACCGCGAAUGUUGGACUUGAACGCUGUUCCCCCCCUUUGGAGGAUAACGGAAAAGACGCUACAAACAUCUCGGAGCACAAAUGUAUCGGCGACAGAAGGGGCUAAGAAGAUCGAGGACAUAGCAACUAUCAGUGAAGGAAGGCUGGCCAGUUAGGUACUGCAAUGCCAAUGAUAAUGGGAAGAAAUAAUGCACAUUAUGUCCUAUAGAAAAAACAAUAGAGAUCUGUGAUAUGGUUGCAAUAUGACUAUACUAAAAUUUUAAACGAUAGAAGUCCUCUGACACUAACGACUUAAUACUUAUUUCAAUUUUAUUCGAUUCACAUAUAAAGUAGUUCAAGACUACAAGAAGGAUUGGCAUUUGAAUAAUCAAAAAAUUGCCUGUACAACCAUACGUCACAAUAUGAUAUGCGUUAGAUGGUUCCAGUCGCUUUAUUGUA